AGACUAAGGGAAAAAAGUUAAUAUGCACAUAUCUAUCUUUACCAACCUUAAACUAUGCCCUCUUCACCCACAACAAGGUGCCUUAGGCUGGCCAGACCAGGCUGGCUGCCUGUCGACAGACCUCCCUUUUACUCCAAGUGUCACCACAGUGAUUGCUCGACAUGCCAGCCAUCUUGCAGCCAGCCCUGAGGACCCACCUGACAGUUGGCCUAGCCGUGAGAGCGCUGCCUAUGCUGGAGGCGACGAAAGGGACAGGGAUGGAUCAGACCGAAAACAAAAGAAGAAGAAGAAAAGACGACAAAAAGAUGAGGGAUCCUACGAACAACUGGAGAGCAGGGGCCACCCUGAGAUGCAAGCACUGGGAGAAAGCACCCGACCAACAGAGGAGUUCUAUCAUAGGAUUGGCCCAAGGAGGGAUAAAGCAGAGGGUGGUUGGGAGGAGCAACUUGGGAAGAGUGGAGGCCGAGGGAAGAAGGGAAAGAGCAGGAAGAAGCUUCCAGAGGAGUGGGGAGUGGCAGAACCAUUUGUUCCUUCAUCUGCUGUGACCUCUAACAUUACAGAGGAGGACAUGAUGGAUCUUGGGAGUUCAGCUCUGGACAACCUUGAGGCCUACUUGGCAGAUGAAGAUUCAAGCCAGAGCCCCUGGAAAAAGGAGGUCUACCCAGAUGAAGGCUUGGUAUCUUCCCCUCUGUCUCAGGAUCUUUUCUCCCCAGGAGCUGCUCCCAUUAGCCCACUGGUCCUGAACAGUGAGCUGAAAGCCACAGCAGCUCCGUUUACUAUGCCCUCUACCACCAACAGCAAAUCACUCGAUUCCUUCCCUGUGGCCCCUCCAUGUUGUGACCCAUUUGAUCUCUUGAUGGAAACCGAAAAUGCAAGUCUGGGCAACAGCAAAGAGGCUAUUUCGCCACCUUUUUCUCCAGAGAAUGAAGCAGCAGUUGGUAAUCUGGUAGACAGUGGCAUGUUUGACAACAGCAGUUCUCUCCAGGAAUGUUGUGAGCAAGCCACACCUGAGGAAGACACCUCCGCCUUCAGCCCUGCCACCCAGCCAAGCCCAAAUUGUUCCCCCGAAGGUGAGGUGUUAGCCUCAGCACCACCUCUCUCGCCGUCUGAUGCUUCAUGGGUUCUGAACAGCUCAAAUAUGAGCAGCAACAGCGAUUUAUUUAAUUUUGCUGACAUGGGUGUGCUAGGUCAUCCUUUACCCUUAGGCCUAAACUUCGACACCCCAAGCCCAGCACCUCUCCGUUCCCCAAAAACUACAGCACAGGAAUUCCAAGCCAGAGAGCUCAAAGAAGGCAAAUCAUCCCCAAAACAAUCCAAGAAACCACGCUCUUCAUCUUCUUCAUCCUCUGUUAAGAGUCCAACCUCCCCAGAAGCUAAAAGGUUCUCUCCAAUGGCAUCGCCUGUCACCAGCCCCUCUUCCCCUCCAUCGUUCUCCCCUCUGGCAGUUCCAGGAUCUGGUCUUAAUCCUGCAGCUAAGCCCUUCUUUCCCAGCUUUGCCGAUCCCAUGGAAGAACCAGCUGUGGCCAAUCAAGAUGUUCCUCUCGUUGAAGUAAAAUCAGAAAUGACAGAAAAGAAGGAGGAGAAGGUGGAGAAGAAGGAGGACAGCGUGAAGAAGGUGGACCUGUUUGACCCUGUGGAUAAAGUCGAGCAGAAGAGUGUAAAGGUUGAGUUCACGAGCAGUGAGAGUCCGGUUAAGGUGCAGAAAGAAGGAGAAAAAGACAAAAUGAAGGAGGCAGAGAAACAGGAAGAGAAGGUGGAUAAAAAUCAAAAGGAGGCAGAAAAACUGAUAGAAAAGGUGGAUGACAAACAAAGGGAGGCUGAAACAGAGAAAGUGCCGCCUGUGCAACAAAAGCCCGAGAAACAGGAUGAAGUGAAAGCAGAGAAGACGGAGAAAGAAGAAAAAGUGGAGGUUACAGAAAAGCUGGAGGCUGAAGUCGAGAAAGCACACAAUGUGGACAAAAUUGCACAAAACGACAAGUCCAAAGUGUCCAAAGUGGAGGACAAAGCAGAGAAGAAGACCGCAGAGAAGCCCGAGAUCACAGAAAUGAAGGAUGGCAAAGAGCAGCACAUCAACAAAGUGGAAAAGACCCCAGAGCAACAGCCGACAUCCGUCAAGCUCGACACCAGCUGUGACCAGACAGAGAAGAAGGCCGACACGGAGACAAAGGCGACAGCGGAGCAGGAAGACGCCAAGACAGAAAAGGCUGACGCAGGCGAGGCCAAGAAGACGGAGAAAGACGAUGAGGCGGCGAAGCCGUCUGAGAAGCCGGUGGAAAAAACAACACAGAAGCCGGAGAAAACCCAGGAAGACAAAAAGACGGUCGAGAAGAAAGAUGAGAAGAAGGACAAGGCUGCAAAGGCAGACGGAGACAAGGCGAAGAAACCCACCAAACCCUCAGCGAACGGAAGCAUUUCAGCACCAAGCAAAGACCUGGCAGACAGGAAGACCAAGACAACAACAGAGAAGCGCCCCCUAGUGACAAAGUCCAGCACUGCUGCCUCAAAUCAAACAGGUUCUACCAGCAGAAGCACGUCUGCUGCCACAGCAGCCAGUAAAACCACUGCACCAGUGCGCACGGCAGGAUCUACUCGCACCACUACCACUGCUGCAGCCAAAAAGCCUCUGGCCUCUAAGACAGAAAGCAAACCAGGAGAGGAGAAGAAACCCAGCACCCCGAGGACUUCAACAGCUGACUCAAGCAAGCCUAAGACCACCACCACCCGCAGCACUGCCUCCACCACCACCACUGCCUCCCGCACACGAACCACAGCAGCCAAACCAGCAACGCCAUCCUCCGCCGCAGGCACGGGGCCAGAGAAGAAGCCCCCGGUGCCCCGCGCCCCACGGGCCGCCUCUUCGACCACAGCGACCGCCGCUUCCCGGAGCACAGCUCGCCCCGCCACAGCUCCCGAUGUCCGCAACGUCCGCUCCAAGAUCGGCUCUACGGACAACAUGAAGCACCAGCCCGGAGGAGGGAAGGUGCCUCCUUCCUCUCAGAGCAGGGGUUUCACCUCCAAAGAAAGCAGCCAGGGCAAAGUUCAGAUAGUCUCCAAAAAGCUGGACUUCAGCCACGUCACAUCUCGCUUGGGCUCCAAGGACAAUAUGAAGCAUGUUCCUGGUGGAGGGAAUGUGCAGAUUCUCAACAAGAAGGUGGACGUCAGUAAGGUGACGUCAAAGCUGGGCUCCAAGGACAACCUUAAGCACAAGCCUGGAGGCGGCGAUGUGAAGAUCGAGUCCCACAAAGUGAACUUUAGGGAAAAGGCUCAGUCCAAAGUGGGCUCCAUGGACAAUGUGAGCCAUUCACCUGGAGGAGGAAACAUCAAGGCUGAGGGGGCACAGGAGGCAACAGAGGGGAGUGGGGACCCCCUGAGUGGCAGCCCUGCCCCGGCCCCAGGCUCCGAGCCAGGGCAGGCCGGGGGCCCCGCUGCCCUGAAGAAUGGGUUGAAGGACGGGGCUCCCUGUCAUAGUGAGGGCCUCCAGGAGCCCCAGGCUCUGGACUCACACAUCCCAGAGACAAAUUGAGUCUUUCAAGCUCAACUUCCGCGAGAAUGCUCGCUCUCGCACGGACCACGGCGCCGACAUCGUCACCUGGCUAGCCCCACAGGACAACAACAGUAACAGACCCCACCCACACGGCUCCUCUUAUUCCCUACACACCAACUACCAACAACAACAACCGACAACUCGUAGUGUCUCCCUCAUCGAGUCGCUGGCUUCGGUCGGCUGCGUCAGCUCCCCCUCCGCCCCCUCCUCGCUGCAGCUCCAGGUGGAGGUCCAGGGGGUCGACCGCAGCAGCUCCUUAAAGGGAUCGUGACCUUUGUGACCCCUCUUAAUAUCUCUAACCUGCUAUUGCUACAUUUUGACCCAUCGAGUAGUUCCAUCAUGCUUUUCCUCUCACACUGAUUGUGCGCCGUCACCCUCGCCCUGCUAGAUUUGGCUGAGUGACUGUAGACUGUGCCUGGUGAGAGGCGAAGGGGAAACGAGGGCACGGUAAGGUUUUUGCUUGGAUCCUCGUCACCCCACAGCCUUGUGGCAGACUGUGCUCUCCAUCACCCUCCCCCAGUAUCGUCCGCACCCACAGGCGUCAGCAGCAAAUCACUCAUCUACUAAACAGCAUGGACACCCUGGCUUCUCUUUCCUUUGUGACUCUAGGGGCUGUUUGUUACCUGCAUCCACUCACUCUCUGCUUCAGUGACAUCAUAGUAACUCAUCUCGCCGUCUCCUCCUCUCUCUUCAGCAACACUUACCAUAAACGCGCCGACAAACAAAAUAAAGCUAGACAACGUGUAGGCUGUUUAACUCUUUAUUCUCUGUGUUUGUGAUGAUGUGUUUGAGUGACACAAAUCGUGUAAAAAUGAGCUUUGGUGUUCUGCUCAUCUUAUUUCUUGCGUCUUUCUUUUUUUCCUUUCCUCCUCCUCCAUUGAUUUUCAAACAAAGUUGUAUUUAUUUAUAGUGUCUUCCUGCAUAAGCAAUACAACGGGCGGUCGGUUUUUUUUUUGUCUGAUCAGAAAACCUUGGAAACACGCACAGGUUUUUGUAAACCAAGACACACAGUGACGAAAGAGAUUCAGAGGGAGAGAGGAAGUUGAAAAAGCAGGCGUGGCUAGAAGCGUGAAAAGGGUUGUUUUUUUAUUAAUGGCAAAAUAGCAAGAAGCCUGUAACCUGAACGUAAUAGAGGAAGAUGAAGUUCAGUCUGCAGCCCAAAUGUGGAUGAGGAAAUAUGAAAUAUGUCUGAAGUCGAAGGAGCUGUGUGUAUCGUAUGUGCCUCCUGUCAUUUUGAAGUACAGCGAAUGAGGCUGACCCAGGCUCUGACCUAAAACUGCUCAGAGGAAGUGAAAGGAAAUGCCUGGAGAAACCUGGUGCUGCUGUUAAAAGGAAAUCCUGUAAGUGGCCCUUUCCUGGUAGUGCUUCUUGUCCCAUUCAGGUGUUUCUAUGAGGAUCGUGGUAGCAUGUUGUUUGGCAUUUGGCUAAAGCUUCAGCUGACACUCCUGUGUCCUGUUGGAACAGCAGCGGGGACGAUGCGGCUUUAUCCUCUUCUAUUGUAGCAAUGUAAUCAAAUGUUGCCUUUGUAAUGCAUGGCCAGAUAAUAUGACUCUAGGUUAAAGGCUGAUGUCCAUUAUCAAAGUGUUGUGGUUUGGUCAAUUUACGUGUCGAGAUUAGCUGAUUUAUAUUUUAAAGGAAACAGAGAGGAAGAACCAGUUUGUAAUCUUUGUUUCCCCUUUUUAAAAUCAUGAUUGAAUUUCACAGCUGACCACAGAUUUGUAUGCACCAACUCUGUGGCUCAAACACACACACAGGUCAGCCACUGUCAGGAUUUAAAGAGGGUUUCUUUUGUUUGUUUGUUUGCUCUUUUGGCUUUGUCAAACUGAUUCUGUCAGCAGUCGUUAAAGUAAUAUAACAAGGGCUGGGUAUCAUCUGAAACUGAUACCAUACAUCUAACUGACUGGCAAAUGAAAAUAUGAUAGAUCAAAACAUCAUCUCAUAAAGUUAGGAUGGGGAACGUGUUAGCAAACGUAGCAUGCCCUUUUCAGUCCAUGUAAUACGUCUUACCUUAAUAAAAGAACAGCAUUUUCUUUUCAUCUCCGACUCAACCAACUCUUUAGCUGCUACAUGCUACAGUUAACGGCUAGCUUUUUUCACCACUCAGCUGCUAACUGUACUUGCCUCCCAUCUGGUGCUUUUUUCUUAAACUGCAAACAGCUGUCUGCUGUUGUGUCUGAAAACAGGGUUCAUGACAAUGAAGUAAAACAGCAAAUUAUAAAACCAAAACAAUGCGUUGAAAGAAGCUAACAAGCUUCUGGUAGCUAGCAGUAGCUACCAGAAGCUAACAAGCUUCUGGUAGCUAGCAGUAGCUACCAUGUUUGAAAAUGUUACCUCACUAGCAUGAGAGGUUUGUUUGUAAUUUUCUGUUGAUAUCACAAUAAGAAAUAGUACUGUUAAUCCUUUUGGCCACAAUAAUCUAAGCUAACAUUGUGACGCCGCAAGGUGAAACUCAUCGUGUAACUGCCAAAAUGUUUGAGGUAUACCCGACAGUUUUCUGAAGAACAGUACUUACGUUUGAACUACUCACACAGUUGUUUCCAGUCUGUGUUUGCAAAGUCAUUGUUUUUGUCAAAUGUAGCAAAAUUCCCAAAAAGCAAAAUGCUAAUCCAGCUUCGUAGCAAUAGCAUCCAGCUACAGAAACACAGAGGUUUUCAGUGCAAGCUAAAAUCAGUGAUUUGUAUAAAAGCUCUGAUGACUUUAAUUAGCACCUUAAAGCUUGAGUGUAUCAGCGAGGGUUGACUGUUAUGGAGUGGAAAUAAUGAGGAAUAAGUGAUCCUUCAUUCUGAGUGAGCUUUUGCAGUAGUAUGAAUGCCCUCUCUCUUCUUCUUCAGCUGUUAAUUGAUUUAGUCAUUGCUAAUUUUUAACAGAAGUACAGGGACGGGAAGUCAACCAAUGUCUUUGGGAAUAUUUCACAUGCAGAUGGUGGCGCGUUAAUAAAAGCUGUCAUCAAGCAGUUGAAUUGCUUUGUUUGCGCCGCAGCAGCUGUCUCCUAGCAAAAAGCUUCCUUGUGCCUGUCCCAACUUCUUCUAGCUUUGCUUUUCUCCCAGAGUUUCUACUUACCACAACACGGGUGUAGAGAUGUGCUCUGUAGUCCUCUUUAUGGCCCCUAAAAUAUAAGAAGUAAACAACGUAGAUACCAAGCAGGGUUGGUUGGUGGGGAAGCUUAAGGAAGCAUCAUAACUAUUAUGGCUGUUUUUAAGAACUGCAAAAAUAAAAAGGUCUACCUGUUUUUAUUGAAAGGGGCCACCGAAGUAAAGAAUGUCUUUUGAGCUAUAAGUGCAGUAAAGACAUAACGUAUGGGCUCCUGUAGCUCUGUGGGGGGCGUGCUCGUCUGAUUGGAGGGUGUAAAAUAUCAAAUUUAUCACAGCCACUUUUACAGACUGCAUCUCGCCCAGAAUUGAGUCUCCCAGUGCAGCACUUCUUCAAGUCUUUCAAAUAUUAUAGCAGAUGAUUUUAUUUGGAGUUGUGGCAGCAGCUCGAUUUAGAAAUAUUGAACAGGAAACGUAUAUAUGCUUAAUUAUUUAACUGCAGCCUUUUUAACAAAAUGUAUAGUGCACGCACAUGUAUGUCUGCACACUAUGAAAUCAUGCUUGCAAGCCCAGUCCUAAGAGAUGAGAAACGUUUCUGUAAGGAUACAGUGACCUCUGCAGGUUCAUAUAAUAAAAGAAUAAAGCUAAAUGGGAAUGAAGCUAAUGCACCUGAAUCACAUGCCACUGCAUAACAGUGAGCACAGAGGCCCACACACAGACCUGUCAUUUGGACAUUCUGCAUAUCAAAGCCUAUUAGCCGCUCUGUUACGGCACUCAGAGGGCAGACACCCUAAAACGUUCUUAUUUGAGGCUGAGAAAAUGAACCGUAGCUAACAUUUUGGCUUAUUUAAUAAAAGCUCCUCUGAAAUCUGUCCAAGGAGCCUCGUAGUGCUUCAUCGAACGCUGCCACACUCACACCUGACAUGCAAGUGUAACACUAGCUAACAAACACCUACUGUACCUGCAGAGCAUGCUGAAAAACUAUGGGAUGUGUUAGGUAGACUUACUCUGUCAUUUGAAGAACCUCUUUGUUUUUGUUUUGUUUUUUGCGUGUGUGUGUUUGUUUUUCAUAAUUUGAAUUUUAUUUUUCGGUUUGGAAAAAAAUUUAUUGUGAUUACUUGUUAAUUAGUGAUGUGAUAAUUAAACAAAUAAAUUGGACUAAAACUCA